AUGAAACUACUGAGGUACCCGAGGGUUUUGAACGGUGGAAAGGUGAGCAGCAGCUCGCUGGUGGAUGGAAGUCUGGUUGUAGCGGGUUUGAAGUCGAUCGGAUGUUUUUCUAGCGAGCAAUUGAUAAAAUGCGCUUUGGGAACAGCGUCUGUGAAAGAAGUGGAACCAGAGUUUGAAAUUAGUGGGUUAGUCGAACAAGACGACCAGAUAUACAAUGUGUCGGCUACGGGAACGCAUCUGUAUGCGGUAGCGUCGCGGUCGGUGCUAUGGGGCGAGCACUGGCGCGAAAUGAAGGCACAGACCGUGUUUACGAAAUUCUGGACCGUUGACGCCCCAGCCUGUAUAACUGACGUGCAAUUCGACCACGGCAGCGGGGUCGUAUUUGUAUUGGUCAAUAAGUCUUCAACGGAGAAUUUUGUGUUUCUGUGCGACGGAAAAACCGCAAAACAGGUGGGAGAAAUUCCUUUAGGCACUUCCAAACCUUUGACAGGCGUGGUGGAUCCCAAAUCGCAGAUUUUCACCGUGAUUUGCGCAGACAGGAACGUGGCGGUAUACCAGUUUACAGCUUCAGGCCGUCACAAGCUUCUUCACAAACUCAAUCACUACGUACAAGUGGACCCUCUGCGCUACAAAAUCAAUAUGUCACCACAAGCAGAUAUUUUGCCGCUCCCCAAUUCGACCAGUAGCUCUUCUACGCCCGCUAUACUACUGCUGGACCGCAAACAUAACUUCAAAAUCGAUUCGUCACUGGUGGGCCAUUUCGACAAAUGUCAAGUUCUACAAUACUCACCGCGAAUUUACGGCAAAACGCUCAAAUCGGGCACAAAGAUCAAUUACAAUCUGGUUGCUACAGCAGGUUUUGACACGGGCUCUGUGGUCAUUUGGAACACAAAAAGACUCAAACCUUUGCUUAACACCAAAUGCACACCAGACUCCUUCAUUACUGAUCUUCAAUGGACUGCCGAUGGCCUAUCGCUUUUUGCAUUCACUAAUCACGGCCACAUGUUGGUCUUUGCAUUUCGACCAGGCGAGCUGGGCGAAGUUUUGCCACAAACCGAAAUCGUAGCUACCGAAGCUGUCAAAACAUCCAUUGUCAACCUCGAUCCUCUGCCUUUACCAGAGGCUUUAGAGCCCAAUAAUCAAUCAAAGCCAGAGACUGUUCAGGCCGGAUCCAUUGGCAAUAUCACGAAAUCUGCGGGCAAGAAGAAAGUGAGGCCAACCACGAUACACAGCACAUCAAUGGAAUUGAAUACGCCUUCCUACAGCGUCCCAAAAGACCUUAAACGAAGACCAAAAGAUCCUACGGCUACAACGACUAACAAGAGACAAAAACAUGAUCUAGAGCCGAUGGAUUUUCUCGAUACAACACUUCUAAUGCCGGGCAUCAGUUUUUCUAAAAUGAGAUUAGCCACUCCAAAAAUCCGGCUGUCUUUCACAUACAUAGCAGCUGACACUGCAAGCUUGGCGAUGUAUGUGAAAAAUGGGACAGGUAACGAACAAACUCCGAGCGUUGUUUCGCUCAAGCAAAAAGAGUUGGGACAGGAGAAGACGCUAUUUGAGGAUUUCCUUCCUAAGUUCAUAACAAUCUGUACCGCGGGAGCUAAUUUUUGGAGUUGCUGUACUGAGGAUGGGACAAUCUAUGCGUACUCAGAUACUGGAAAGAAAAUAAUACCGCCGCUCAUUAUGGGUGUACCCUGUAGUUUUCUGGAAGCUGUAGGACGAUUUUUGCUUUGCAUAACUUCAACAGGGCAAAUGUACUGUUGGGAUAUAAGUAAUGCCAAACUUCAUUUUCCGUCGAACUCGGUGUACUCUUUGCUCAGUCCCACUCUUCGAUAUUCCGAUGACGUUUUGACAAGAGCUGAAAAUAUCACCAUGUGCACACUAACAAGCAAUGGAGUUCCAAUUGUCACCUUGAGCAAUGGUGAUAGUUUUAUGUUCGACAAGGAAAUGGAGGUCUGGAUGCUAAUCAACGAUUCCUGGUGGGCUUAUGGAUCGCAAUACUGGGACACUACCGCGACAACAACUCACGGAACCUAUCUGAAUGACAACGAAGAAAAGCUCUCAAAGAAGGGCCAGUCCUGGAACUCAGAAGCACAAGAGUUGUCGGACAGCUUAAAAGUGAAUAACACUAGUAUUCUCAACUAUUUGGAAAAGAGAACAAACGACGAGCUCAAUCGGAAAGGACGAGCGCGCAACUUACAGAAAUUUGCAAAAACAAUUUUAAUGAAAGAGGGCUACGAGAAUUUGGAGGAAGUUGUAACAUUAUCUCAUUUGGAGAACAAACUUUUGGUAUCACUUCGUUUAGGAGAAUAUGCCGAGUUUAUAAAAUUGAUUGUUCUCUACUGUAUCCGCCUGAGUGAGAUGGGUUACAGAGGCCGUUUGGAAGAGGUUCUUCAGUGGUUGUAUAAUGAUGGAAACUGCAAGCAGAUGACUGUGGCGGAGCUCAGCGGUGAAGAGCUUAUGAAAAAAAUUCUAAUAGCUUGUGCGGACAUUAGGCACGUACAGCGGGUGACCACCAGCUAUGCUACUGCAAUUGGAUUAAUAGAUGAUACUCUUUGA